AUGACAAGACGUUUGAUUGAUCACUACGAUAAUGGAGAAAAUUCCAAUGAUAAAAAUCGUAAUCAUAAGCGAUUUCGAAGAUUUGAUGAAAUCAUUCCUCAACAAAGAGACCUUGAAGAAGAAGUAGGAGAGAACAAUUGCGUUAGUGGACACAUUCUUUGUGGCUCUUGCAAUAGCAAAGACAAUACGUGUCUGAUUUGCAAUGUGUCCACCAUUCAUUGUGAUGACAUGGACAAGUUACAAAUACGUGUGAAAAUAGCAUGCGACUAUGUACAAUAUGGUUGUAAGGAGCUAGUAAAGCAUAGUGAAAAAAAUGCACAUGAGAAUUCAUGUGUUUUUUCUCCAUGUAUAUGUCCUCAAAAAGGUUGCAACUUUAUUGGCAAUUCAAAGGUGUUAGGAGAGCACUUUAAGACAAAUCAUGAGCUGAUUGUACCACCAUUUACUUAUGAUGAAGUUUUCUUUGCCUCCAUACAUUUUCAUGACAAAAACAUUGUUCUUCAAGGGAAAACUAAUGGAGCACUAUUUGUCAUCACCAACAAGACUUUCUACAUUAUGAAAAAGCUCAAUGUUUAUCACAUUGGACCCGAGCCUAAGCCAGAGUAUAGUUUUGAAAUAUUGGCUUGUUCUCCGGAGCCUGAUUGCGACAAUAUACGACUUAAAGCUCAAAUCAUCAACAUUCAGAAUUGUGCCUAUAUUCCAUCUUCAAAUUCCCUUUUCGUUCCAUAUGAUUAUUUUAAACCUCGUGGACGACUCUCUAUCAAAAUUCGAAUAACUAAGAUUGGUGAUGUUGACUCUAGAGACAACCUAUAAGUCUUUGAGAGGUCU